AUGAACGCACUCGUAUUACUAUUAGCGUGUGUUUGUUUGGUACAAUGCGGCCCAGCAAAGAAACAAGCUCGUGAUCAAGAAGCUGCAAGUUUCGAAUACGGAUACGGUCCGGGAUUAGGGAUUGCUGACCCCAUUGCGUACGCUGAACCUGGUCCUCUUUUAGCUGCAGCUCCAGCCGCCCAUGGACGUGGGCCUCCUCAUCCAGGUUUCAGCGUUGGUGGACCUUUGGUUAAUAUCGCCACCGGUGCAGCAGAACAAGCUCAUACGCAGUUAAGUAACCAGCAAUCUGCUGCUGGGCAGGCUGCAUACGUGGCGAAAAAUACUUUAGCUCAAGCUGCUGCUCAAUCUGCAGCUACCGCUGCCGCAGCACUUACUGGCAAACAGAUUGUAGUUCAAGGGUUGGAGCAACAAUCGAAAGAUGCUCAUGUAGCGGUAGAUGGUGAAAGUUUACAAUUACAGCAAGCCGAACGCGCUGCAAGCGCAGCAAGGACCACUGCCAAACAGGCAAUGCACCAGUUGCAAGUAGUCACAGCAGCUUUGAAUGCCGCUCAAACGACGGCCGACCGUGCGGCGCAGGCUGCCGCGGAAGCUGCAGCUGAGUUAGCGGCGCAAACUACGAUGGUUGGCCAAGCAAAGGCAAGAGUAGAAACGGUAGACGAACAACUCUCCGCUGCUCGUCUUGAUUACGAAAGCACUCAAGCGGCUGCUCAGAAAGCUGCGACCGCAGCUGCAGCUGCACAGAACAAUGCCGCGGCCGCGGCCGCACACGUGGCCGAUACCGCUGCCGCUUCUGCACUUUUGUCUCAUGAACCAGUGAAUCCUGCGCCAGUUGCGAAACUUCCUCCCAGUCACAGUGUCCUCCGAGAACCAACGGGCUUGCGCGACUCUGGUGCAUACCUCUCACCCGCUGCGCUUCACGACGCUGAAGGUCUUCGUGCAUCUGCCGCGCUUCAGGAAUCUGCUCUUCUUCGCGCGUCCAGCGGGCUUCAUGAUGCUGGAUCACUUCACGCGUCUGCCGCGUUACAGGAAGCUGCUGCGAUCCGCGCAUCUGGCCUCCUCCAUGAACCGAAUGGGCUUCAUCGCUCGGAACUCCUUAGUUUAGCGAAUUCCCUACCCACUGAUUACGAUAUUAAAGGUUACCGGUACUAG